AUGCCUCAACGUGCCAGAUUCAGUCGCCGUGAUAAUAUCGCAUCCGAUUCCUCGUCUUCCGAUGAGGAUGCCGUCGUAGCGGAUGGCCAGGGCGUAUGGGAUCAUGCCUUCUGCGUGGUGUGCGACUGCCUCAUUGAGACCGACAAUACAGACUUCCGCGCAAAUGAACCUGCUUUGGAUGGCGAAGAUGUCUGGGAGGCUGCAGCCAUGUCGUCCCUACGUCGCCACACCCAGCGCUCCAAAGUCGGUCGUCAAUCGAAUAGGCCGAAUGCAGCGCUUUCCAAGACAGCUCCGAUCUUCUGUUCCGAACGUUGCCGACAGUUUGACCAGCAGCAGAGCAAGGGCCUAAACGAGUUCAUGAACUAUGUAUCGAAUGCUUCAGUACGUGCAUGUGCCGCGUCGCUCGACAAGAUACACGUGUCAAGGCCACUGGGAACGUCUCCUUUCACCCCAACGGCCGCCGAUUCCACAGCCAUGAUGGCCAAGUCGUUAUCAGAUUCUAUCUUGCGCGCAGAGUCCCGAGCAAAGUCCGAAGCUCAUGGUAGCAUCGAUGACGACGAUGUCAAGUCGAGCGAUCGGCUCUUUCCGCGUCGCGAGCCGUGGCCAUCAUCAUCUCCUAGUGAUCAAACGGUCUCGGUGGCAACCGUGCCAUCGAAUCUGACUCGCUCUCGUAUGGCCAUCCAUGCUGCAUUACCGGCGCCAUCAACAUCGCUUCCCGCUCCCCAACGUGUGCCUUCCAAUGAUAGGUCGCUGUAUGUCGACUCUCCACCCAAGAGUUUGGUGCUUGGCGAAAGCUCGUCUCAGGCCGAGAAGACGCUCGCCGACAGUCCAUCAUCGUCUCUUCGAGAUGGAGUCGCCUUCUCGCCUCUGAACUUGCUUGCCACUGGCACAGGGCACCACGCUGAACCAAGUAUAUCCGCCACCAACAGCCGAGUUCAGCCCAUGGGUCCUGCAUCCUCCACACAACGUCUAGAUUCAGCGACGGAGUCACUUCGUCGUGCCCAGCGCAUGAAUGAUUCCGCUCUCGCGUCAGCACGCGUACCGUCAUCGUCAUCAUCGAUCACGACUGCCAGGGCAAUGCGCCGUUCGAUUACGCAUGCAUCGAACAAGUCUAUGACUGACGUGUCCGUGGCAUCUCGCCAUAGCGAUGGCGGCAGCAGCAGCGAUGCAUCUGCGCCGUCUUUGCCAGCCACAGCGCAUCGACGCAAACCAAGUUCAGCGCGGGGCAUACGUGUGCUACCUCCGCUCCUGGCGCCUCCGCGAGCGAGAGGCGAUGGCCGCUCCAGAGGACCGAGUCCUGGGGCUCUUCAGCGCUCCUCGCCGCACUCAUCGAAAAGCACAAGCAUCAUGACUCGAUCACGCUCUUCAUUUCUUUCUCUGAGCUCGAGCAUGCAUGGCUCAAGUCCUCGGCGCCCAGGCCUUGGCUGGAGUGCGUUGCCACCAUCACAUCCGUCCAUGGAGCGCCUGAGUCAGUCCUUGCGCAUGGAACGUCCUUCUCCUUUGGCCAUGUCAUCGUCGGCGUCGGGGAGCUCGAUGCAUCAUCCUCUGCGGACGUGGAGUCAUGAUGUUAUGCCUGGCAUGCCCAUGUACCCGAUUCUGCAACUGCCUGAUGGCGGCCCCAUCCAUGACAUGUACAGCCAGUACUGGCAGCCUGUCGAAGAGGACAAACCACCCUCCACACCUACAACUGCCACUAAUUCCGAGACAGGCGGACGUCGAAAGAGUCUGUUUUACUUUGAUGGUUGA